AUUUUACAGUGAUGCGGCAGAAGAUAGAAUGAGGUAACAUGUAUGUUACUCCACUGAGGUAAAAGGAUAAAUCUCAGAGGACUAGAAACCGCUGCAGGAAGGUCAGGAAAACAGUUCAGAACGGUUCAAGCUGGGAAGGCACGACAUUCACUGAAGAUGUAACCACCAUUGAGGAUGCACACGCCGAACGACCGUUCUUUCCCAAAGCCCAUCCGCAGUUUUGACCCUCUUUUCCGUACAAUGACCCAAGAUGGCGGGGCCCGUGGUGAAAACCAUAUUCAAGAUGGCGGCUUCCUGCUUCCUCUGCAAAGUCUCACGUGGCCAUAUGAGCCACGCCCACUUCCGUCCUCUCGGCAUCAGCAUGGCAGCUUUGGGUACUCUGCUCUCUAGUAUCCGGAGGCUGCACUGCAGCGCGGCAAUUCGGGCGGGCAGCCAGUGGCGACUCCAGCAGGGCCUGGCUGCCAGCCCCUCCGGCUACGGGCCCCUUACGGAGCUCCCAGACUGGUCUUACGCGGAUGGCCGCCCAGCUCCUCCAAUGAAAGGCCAGCUUCGAAGAAAAGCCCAAAGGGAGAAGUUUGCAGUGAGUGAGACGAGUUGUGCUGUUGUCACAGGAAAUGGAUGCUGGAUUACAGGCAUGGCAGCUCAGGCAGCAAGAGAAGUUGCAGGAAGAAGAAAGGAAGCAGAAAAAUGCUCUUAA